AUGGAAAUCUUGAUUCUCGUUUGUUUCAGAUUCCCCAUAGAUAAAUCGAAAAACACAGAGACGAAGAACUGUAACUUUGCUCCAUUAGCUUCCCGAUUUCAUCUCGUCAUCACCUUUGAAAAUUCUGCUUUAGAAACCCAGUUUGAAGCUGCUUGGCAUUCAGGAAAUUGGGAUUUCUCUCUGCUGUCCAUGGAAACUAAUUCUCUUAAGCCAAUUCAACAGAUCAGAAAGAGCCGUUUCAACGAAAGGCUACACAGAUUCAUGGAAGUGACUUUGAAUGUUUUGUCACCAUUUGGUAAAUUGUGUGCUUGGUUGCCAUCUGGGCAUGAAAAUGAAGUGAAAAGUGUGUCAUGGAAUGCAUCUGGUUCUCUUCUUGCAACUUGUAGUCGAGAAAAAUGUGUUUGGAUUUGGGAAGUUUUACCAGGAAAUGAAUAUAACUAUGUCUCUGUUCUUCACGGUCAUAAACAAGGUGUUAAAAUGGUUCAGUGGCAUCUAACUGUUGAUGUUUUAUUCUCUUGUAGCUAUUAUAAGACCUUUAAGGUGUGGGUAGAUAAUGGUGAUACUGAUGCUUAG